GGUUCUCUCAGGGGCUCUCGCUCGGCGCGGCCAUGGAGGCGGACGGGAGCCAGGCUACCUCGGGGAGCCCCGGAGAGGCGCAGCACGACCCCGGCAAGAUGUUCAUCGGCGGCCUCAGCUGGCAAACCUCACCAGACAGCCUUAGAGACUAUUUUAGCAAAUUCGGAGAAAUUAGGGAGUGUAUGGUCAUGCGGGACCCCACCACCAAGCGCUCCAGAGGCUUCGGGUUCGUUACGUUCGCGGAUCCGGCGAGUGUAGACAAAGUCCUGGCUCAGCCGCACCACGAGCUGGACUCCAAGACGAUUGACCCUAAAGUUGCGUUUCCCCGACGAGCACAGCCCAAGAUGGUCACAAGAACAAAGAAAAUAUUUGUAGGUGGAUUAUCGGCUAAUACGGUAGUGGAAGACGUGAAGCAAUACUUCGAACAGUUUGGCAAGGUAGAGGACGCCAUGCUAAUGUUUGACAAGACGACCAACAGGCAUAGAGGAUUUGGCUUCGUAACUUUUGAAAAUGAAGACGUGGUGGAAAAAGUCUGUGAGAUUCAUUUCCACGAAAUCAAUAAUAAAAUGGUAGAAUGUAAGAAAGCACAACCUAAAGAAGUGAUGUUUCCACCAGGGACGAGAGGAAGGGCACGUGGAUUGCCGUACACCAUGGACGCUUUUAUGCUGGGGAUGGGAAUGUUGGGUUACCCGAAUUUUGUUGCAACGUAUGGCCGAGGAUAUCCUGGAUUUGCCCCAAGUUACAGUUAUCAGUUCCCAGCCCUAUUACCAUAUUUAAAUGCAAGUUUUCCGGCAGCGGCUUAUGGACCAGUAGCAGCGGCGGCCGUGGCGGCAGCAAGAGGAUCAGGUAGGGGGGCCCGUGGAAGAGCAAACCCUCAGAGUGCAGGGUCAGGUAAAAGCUCUGUCGGUAUUCUGUGUGGCUGCAGCUCUCCAUCAUUUCUCUGAUUUUCCUCACACUUAUCCUGGGGACCUGAAAACGAAAGAUCCAAAAAAAAAUUAUAUAAAAAUUAAGUAAUCAGUCCCGACCCAAACCCAAACUACAAGCAGAGGCCACGGGGGCUGGAGCACCUGCAGGAGAUUGGCAUGAGAACUGCCAAAACCAGGGUAGAUAUUCCAAUUUGUUUCUUUCUUUAUUCCUUUAUUGUGUUGGUUUCUUUAUUUCUUUGGUUUAAAUUCAAGGUUCUAAAAGACAACCCCCCCCCCCCCAAAAAAAUUUAAUUUGUGUUUUUUGAAAAAAAGUUUUGGUUUCUCAUGGGAAGCUGGGGUUGGGUUGAGGUGGUGGCAGCAGCUCCGGGUGCUCCCGCCGUGCCCGGAGCCGCUGUCACCUCCUCUGCCACAGCCAGCACAGAGCAUCCCCCCAGCGAGGGGCUGUGUCCCUUGAGGACAGUGUCACUCGUGCCAUCAGCAAUGGCACUGCUUCCACGAGGAAUGCCAAAGCUUUUCUUCUGUCCUUCCGAAAGCUUCUGGUUUUUUUCCCCUUAAGGGAAAUAAAUAAAUCGUUGCCAAUUACCAUUACUGCCUUAGGUUUAAAUUUUGCCAAACACAAAUUAGGACUUUGCUCAGGUGACAAGGAGUUCAGAGCAGCCAUCGGUGAGCUGUGGGCUUGGCUCCCGAGCCAGGCCAGGAUGGAGCUGCUGCCGGGACGGAGCCGCUGCCAGCCCAGUGUCCUCUGCCCCAGUGUCUCCUCGGAGGACACGGCGCUGGCAGCACCUUCCAGCUCACUCAUGGCUGGGCUGGGGGUUCUCAGUGACUUUUCUGGCAGUGCCGGUGGGUUAACGAGGCUCUCCCCGAAAAGCCACGGCUGCGUGAGGGGUCAGGAGGAGGGCGCAGGCCCAGGUGUGUCUCGAGUGCGAGCCCAAUGCCAUGGAGGCCAAAGAAAGACACCAGGAGAACUCCGUUCCAUGCAAACUGGCACUGCUUGCAGGCUACAAAGGACUCUCUGUACCAGUUCCAUCUUGUGGCAUGUAGAGAGCGCCUAAGGGGUGACUUGCCAGCCUGGUUGUGGGGAUCCCCCAUCUCCCGGCUUCUCCUACUGCCCCGUCACAGAGGGGGAAAAACAAACCCAAAGAGAAAAACAAACCCAAAUGAAAAACAAGAUUGCUUUUGCAUAUGCUUCCAGGAAAACAGACCUCAUUGUUUCUGCCUCUUCCUCAUGUUUUGCCCUUCAGGUUUUGUUUUACGUGCAAACAGACCUGGUGAGUUGCCCCUUAGCAAGGCACAGAGGGUUUGGCUCGAUUAACGUUGCUUCCCUGAUUAUUAUGAUUAUUUUUUUUAAUCGGAGUGCUUUUGGUGCCCAUUACAACUGAACUGAGCAUUGAUCAAUUCUGUGCCUGAAAAUCAUUUGUCUUUAAUUUGAGUGUUUUUUGGUUUCUCUUUUGUUGGGUUUUCUGUUUUGUUUUUUCAGUUCUUUUGGUUUUUGAUUUGAACUUGCAAUACGAAACUAAAUCUAACCCUAAAUUAACAACACCCUUUCUGGCAAGUUUAAAGAGCAGUAUGGUGUUUGGAAAUGUCUUUUCAAGCCUCAAAAUUGCCUGUGUGCACAAAACUGGCAAAACCCCAAAACUGAAUCCAAAGAGCCCCUGUCCCUCCCCAGCCCCGAGGUCUCAAGGAGGAAGAUGGGUUCGUCACCGGCCCCACGGCCACUCACAUCUGCACCAGACUGUGCUCUGGGAACGGUGGGGUUUCCGUAGAGUCAUCUCCAUCCAAAGCCGGUUUCGGAAGGGACAUCCUGGGUUCUCCACUCCAUCAGCAAUGGUAGUGAAUUGUAUCCAGGAGCAGUGGAGUCCGAUCGAUCUUGCGCUGCAGUGUACGGGCCCGAUUCAUUACAAGAAAAAUGGUUGGGGUUUUUUCUUCUUUCCUUUUCAGUUGGGUUUUUCUUUUUCCUUCACAAAUUCGCACAGUUCUCCUUCACGUGUGCCUGAUCCAAAGCACAGAGCACUGCACAGCUGGCCCUAACUGACCCUUUCUGCCAGGAAAUAGGAAAGAGCUGGAAAACACCCAGGCAGGCGCAUCCCACCACCCCUGACUUACUGGGGAGGGCUCUGCCCAGGGCUGCUGGAGCUGCCCCUGUCACAGAGCAAACAGACCAGGAGGUUCCUGGAAAGCAUUGAUGACAGUCCAUGUCAUCAGUGUCCCCAUCACUGCUGCUCCUUCGGCAGUGCUCCAGCCUCACCAGCUCACCCAAAAUUGACCUUCUCUGCUCUCCGGCCCUGUCCUGCCGGCUCUUCCCCACCUUCCUGGCAUCACUGCCAGCACAGAGACUGAGUGCCCCCAGAGAGCAUCCACCUUCAGCUGCACAUCUUGGUCUCCCAGGGAAGCUGCAACCCUUUCACUCCAAGCCCCUGAGCACUGACCACCUUGGUUUCUCCCCGAGCUGAUGCUCCAUCUCUUGGGUCACCUGCAUGUUUGCUCAGCCAACAGAAGGAGCCUGCCAGGGGCAGGUACCUGCACAGGGCAGUGCCCGGCCCUGGUUCUGUGCUGCCUGGUCUUCCCUGCCUUUGCCCCUUCCUUUUCCCGUGUCACCAGCUGACCUGGCUAGAUAAACAAGUUCUUUUAUCUGUCACAGCAGUUCUGUCCUACGACCAGCAGAAAGGGAUGUGUCCCUCUCCUCGUGCUCAGUGCCACCCAUAAAUUCACGUCCUGCGUAGCUGCUCGUGUGCCGGCAGGGUGAGCAGAGCAGUGCUGCUCUCCAUAAAUCACAUCCCCAGUCGAUGUCCCAGUGAUGAGACAAUAGCCAAGGUCCCUCGAGCAGACACGGGUCUGGCCACAUCCAUUUGCUCCGGGUGGGACUGUGCUGCCCAAUCCCUCUGCUGGUUUUGACAACCUCACCCAUUCUUGUAUUUUUUUAAUGAAUUGGGACCUGAGCCAUGGAAAACGAGCAAAGUUAAAAGUCUGAAUGCUGCAAACUCCUCCUAGACAACUUCACUAUCAGUGUCACGUUUCUUUUGAAUCCACCUGACAUAUUUUACGUGUAAAACAUUUUUGUCGUGUAAACGCUUUUUUUAAAAUACAGUCAUGGGGGGGGCACAUUUUUCUCUUGCAUUUGACAUGGGAGGGGUUCAUCUGGCAGGAGAGCGAGACAAGGAAAAUUUGGCAGGAGAGGUUUUUUUUUGUUCCUUCCUCUUUGGUUCAUUAACAAGUCUGAGAUUUUUCCAGUUCCCAACCCGUUGCCACCAGCUGUUCCUCCCUGAGGGCUGGAGACAAAACCCAUAAGGCCACCUGUGAUCCAGCCCUGUCCCAGGUGAGCAGUGCCAGCUCCCCCGGGCACACUUUGCCCGCCGAGCCGGCCAGCGGCACACGGUGCAGUGGGACAGUGGUGCCACGGCACCAGGAGCUGCUCCCCCACCCCAACCCCUGGCACAUCUGGAUUUUGGGCCCCAGUCCUGGCUUGCCAGCGCUGCCUUUGAGCCCUGCGCCCCAACAACCCCUUACUGGACUUUAUACUUGCCAGCAAUAACAAAUCUCGUAACGUGAGCUACUGACCUUGAUGGUGAGUGUGAGCAGUUAUGUUUUGUUGUUUUCUCUCUUGCUUGGUUGGGGCUGCUGUGAGAGAGGGUGUCUCUGAGGCAAACUUUCCGGCCUCUCUUACACUCGGACGUGCACACCUCCUCUCAAACACUCUUCUGAGCGCUCUCAGCGGGAAGUCUUGAAUAGCUACAGUGCUCAACCGAAUUUUGGCGCACCCGCUUCCCCGGCAGGCUCCAACCCAGCACGACCCGGAGGCUUCCCCGGGGCCAACAGCCCCGGGCCCGUCGCGGAUCUCUACGGCACGGCCAGCCAGGACUCCGGCGUGGGUAACUACAUAAGCGCCGCCAGCCCGCAGCCGGGCUCCGGCUUCGGACACGGGAUCGCCGGACCUUUGAUUGCAACGGCUUUUACAAAUGGAUACCAUUGAAACGUUACACAUGGUUGGUUGCCAUCUCACUUGGAGAGUCUCUCUGGAUGUCCGGGCAAGACGGGGCGAAGUUUCUGAAGGGGCCCACGGUUGGGUGAUCUCAUCAGACUUUGAGCACUACAUCAUUAUCAUCAUCAUCUUCACCGCCAACACAAACUGGAGGUGGCACUCGAAGGACUUGAGUUGUUUAAAAUCUCUCUCAUCAUCUCAUGAAUCUGCUGUACUAUAAAAACAACAGCUUUUAAAAGUAUGUAUAUAAAACCCA